AUGAAAAAUGAAAUUGGCACUGGUAGCAGUGAUCCGACUGUCCAAGCUAGAGCUUCUUUUGCAAAAUAUUAUACCCAACAGACAUAUGGGGAAGUACUCAAAUGGUGUAACUGGUCUUCUUUUAUCUUAUAUUUAGCUGGGCCAUGGGUGUGUAUUUUAGGGGCAGUAGCAAGUAGCAUGACUUUUCAAAGCUCUAUAUUUGGAAGUAAAUAG